AUGGUUGUAACUAAGAAAGAUCUCCUUGGAGCUAGGGACUCUAUCGACAAGAUUCUUGACGAGAAGAACUGUGGCCCUUUCUUUGUCCGCCUUGCAUGGCAUGACUCUGGUCCACACGAUGCCUCUAUCAAGGAUCCAUGGCCAGCAGCUGGAGGUGCUGAUGGAUCCAUCCGAUUCUCCGCGGAACUUGAGCACGGUGCCAACGCUGGUUUGAGCGGCGCUGUAAAGCUCUUGGAACCUGUCAAGGAGGCCUUUCCCGCCGUCAGUUAUGCCGAUAUCUACCAAAUGGCAUCGGCCCGUGCCAUUGAAUUGGCAGGAGGUCCCACGAUUGACAUGAAAUAUGGACGUCUCGAUACCUCGAGUCCCGACGAAUGCCCCAAGGAAGGAAACUUGCCCGACGCCGAAGCUGGCCCCGAGGGAAAAUUCGGAGGAGCUGGAGGCACAAAGUCUACCGAAGACAAGACCGGUGAAGGACAUUUGCGCAAGGUUUUCUACCGUAUGGGGCUCGAUGAUGAAGCCAUUGUCGCUCUUUCGGGUGCCCACACGUUCGGCCGCGCGUACAAGGACCGAUCUGGAUUGGGUGCGGAAAAGACCAAAUUCACCGAUGGAUCCAAGCAGAUGCGUGCCGAUGGAAAGGAAGCCAGCUACACUCCCGGUGGAUCUUCUUGGACCGAAAAAUGGCUCAUUUUCGACAAUUCGUAUUUCACAACCAUGCCCGACGAAGGUGCCGAUCCCGAGCUUCUCAAGCUUACUUCCGACAAGGUUGUCUUUACCGAUGAAGGUUUCAAGCCGUUUGCCGAGAAAUUCCGUGACAGCCAGGAUGAUUUCUUUGAGAGCUACAAGAAAGCACACAAGGCUCUUUCCGAACUUGGAUCCAAGUUUGAACCCGAGGAGGGAAUCACUCUUUGA